AUGGAUGCUGUCAAUUGGACUUUCCAAUACCACGGAUCUCCCUCUGGGACCAUUCUCGCCGAUGAAAUUCAGCACAACCUAGCUCCAUAUAUGGGGAGCGAACUUUGCACCGCCGUCGAGACAGCAUACUCGCUUAUUUACAUGUAUCAAGUCUUGGGUGACAACAUGUUCGCUGAUCGCGCUGAACGUACUAUCUUCAAUGCCUUGCCAGUCAUGCUCACUGGCAACAAGUGGGCUCACCAGUACAUGGACCAGCCCAACCAGCCAUGGGCUGUUAACAACACCCAGGAUUUUAUUGCGAAUGCUCCUCACGUAUUUACAACAGCCAAUAGUGGUGUUGCAACCACUUAUGGAAUGGAGCCUCUCUAUCCCUGCUGCACUGUCAAUCAUCCACAAGGAUAUCCGAAGUUCACAACUAAUAGCUGGGCCCGUGUUGGCGACAACGGCUUAGUUCAUGCUCUCCUCAGCCCAUCGACGGUGACAACAACGGUUGCAGGAUCGGACGUCAGCAUCAAUUGCGACACUACAUAUCCCUUUGGCAAUACCCUGACCUACACCAUUAUUGCCAAGAAUGAUUUCGACUUCUAUAUUCGCGUUCCUUCGUGGAUUAACACUGCAUCCUCGGAGCUGGUAGUCAAUGGUGCUUCAUCCUCCCCCUCGCCCAAUAGUAACGGUCUUCACCUUGUCGCUAUCAAGACCGGCAAAACAACUGUCAAAUAUACGAUCGACGCAGCGCUCCGAACUGAGAGCCGAUCUAACAACACCGUCGCCGUCUACUAUGGAAAUAUCCUCUAUGCCCUGGAUGUAGGUUUCCAAGAGACCUCAUCAUACCCGCACGCCUACUUCGACGCAACGGGGCCCGGAAUCGAAGACCUCCCUUACCCCGAGCUGCGAGAUUAUUAUAUUAGCAACUCAUCGACCUGGAAUGUUGCGAUUGAUCCGUCAACCCUCAAGUAUCACGGCAUGGGCAAAGACACGACCCUGGCAGAUCCCAUCUUUGCGCAAGCGGCACCACCUAAUUUUAUAACUGUUCAGGGUUGCAUUGUUACUUGGGAUUUGUACCUGGAUGCUACACCUGAGUGGGCUCCGACCAACACAGCCUGCCUGGGAGGUAAAAAGGAGUACAAGUUGAGACCUUACGGAGCUGUCAAAGUGCACAUGUCCGAAUUGCCUACCGUCAAACUUUGA